AUGUCACGCAAUGAAGCCCAGCUUCACUUCACCGCAAGCGAUUCUGCCCGAGUCGACAAAGUGACAGUUGGCGCUGCGAUCUUGCGACAUGACACUCCGACCCCCAGCAUCCUUCUCCUCAAACGCAACUCCGACGAGAAGUAUUAUCCAGACGUUUUCGAAAUACCUGGAGGAAAGGUCGACGCCACGGAUUCUGCUAUUCGUGACGCUAUCAUACGCGAAGUUGCCGAAGAGACGCAAAUGAAGGUAUUAGACAUUACCGCUCCGUUGUCUCGCAUAAGAUACACCACCGAGAAGAUCGAGGUAACGUCGAUAGGGAAAGAGAAGAUCGUGAAGCGCCAUGCUCUCCAGCUGAGCUACGUAGUUGCGGUUGAAGGAACAGAGUUUCAAGUCGAGAAGAAGGAGCACUCGAAGGGGAUUUGGGCCACCCGCGACAGUCUCGAUCAAAUUCUCAUCACCUCGGAAAUGAGAAAGUUGGUGCUGGAAGCUCUGGAUAUUGCGGAGGAUCGGUAA